AGAUACGUUUUUGGUCUUGUCUCACAAUCAACACUGUUAACGUUAUUAAUAUAAACAGUGACAUUAGAAGCGACAAUUGCAGGUGGGAUAAUCCUCUGUGCUCGAUUUUUUGCUUUUUUAAACAUACAAAAUCACUCAGAUUUCGAUCCUCCGUAUCUCUCUCUCUUUUAUAUAUACUUUCCCAUUUUUAACCACUUGUUCAAACCAACCAUUAUUCUCUCUUGAGUCUCUCAUCUCAUCAUCUUUAUCAUGGCUAUCUCCGGCGAUGUUCUCAGAGACUGUUUACCGGAAGUUGUUGGUGACUUUCACGUUCUUGCUGUUGAUGAUAGUUUUGUGGAUCGUAAGGUUAUUGAAAGGUUGCUCAAAUUCACUUCUUGCAAAGUGACUGUUGUUGAGAGCGGAACUAGAGCUCUACAGUAUCUAGGGUUGGAUGGUGAUACGAGUUCAAUUGGUUUUGAUGGUGUGAAGGUUAAUAUGAUAAUGACUGAUUAUUCCAUGCCUGGGAUGACAGGAUAUGAACUUCUCAAGAAGAUUAAGCAGGAAUCAUCUGUUUUUAGAGAGAUUCCAGUGGUGGUUAUGUCCUCUGAGAACAUCUUGACCCGAAUCGAUAGUUGUUUGGAGGAAGGAGCCGAAGAGUUUCUAUUGAAACCUGUCAAGUUGUCCGAUGUGAAACGGUUAACAGAUUUCAUCCUGAGAGGUGAAGGUAAGAAAGUGGAAGGAAAAAGAUCUCAAAAAAGAAGCCGGUCAGAUGAUUCCAUUUCAUCUCUAUCGUCCUCAUGUUCAUCAUGUGAUCUAUCAUCAGUGUCACCGUCUGAAAUAUCGUCCAAGAAAUCUAGACUAUAACCAUUGGUUCAUUAAGAAGUGUUCUUUAUGUCUCCUUUUUUGCUGAACAAUAUUGUUCAUAUCGCGGUGUAAUUUGCGUUUUAUACUAAAAUGAUUGCUGACAGUGAGUAUAGGAUUAGGACUGAUGAAGAUUAUAUCAGGAAUCACUUGCUUUUGUAAAGAAAAAGUUUAUUAUUAGAAAUUAACCAAAUCAGCCAUUUUGCAGGGUCUAGUUUUUUGUUUA